GGCUGUUCCCCCUGCGCUCCUUUUCGGCUCGGGUUACAGUUGAGCUCGAGCUGCUGCACUUACCGGAACGCAGAGAGUGUUUUUACUCGGUUAAAAAAAUACACCGGCAUGGAAAUGUUGGCGAGCGGAUAUAGAGCCACCGAGCGAGCUGAUGAGCAAGUCUAACCUUCCCUCGGCACUUUUUUUGUGUCCGAGCAGCAACAAACAAGCGUGAGACGUACAGUUUAUUUACGCACCGGCCACGCAUCAUGUCCCACUCGGACUAGAGGCUUAACCCUGCUGGAGCGCAACACGCACGCGGAACGGCGCUGAGAGCCGGGAGGAAUAUUUACAAUAGAAACUCAAUUCCUUCGCGGAGAAGAAUAGCAGGGGGAGAAGGGGUGAAAGAUAACACUGGAAUGAAGUGGACCUCGGGAUUCCCAGCGUGCUGCGGAGUUGUGACUGAUGGAUGAAUGUGGCCAUCUGUAGGCUAUAUACAGCGACAGGUACAGGCACCAUCAGGGGAGCUCUGACAAAGACACGGCGCAGCGCUUCAUCAGCAGCCGCAUCGCCAAAUUGUGUCCCCCACCAAAAAACCCCAACUGUGGUUAGAUCUGUUUAAUCGCACAUCAGAUCGCAUCGUUGACUUGUCUCUAACAGAGUAAGAAGGUCGUGAAGGGCUGUUUUUGUCUCAGCCACAGGUCAACCAGGACACUCGGGGCUGCUUUGCUCCCAGAUCCUAUCAAAGAACCGGGAGCUUCCUGCACGUCCUGCGGACAGUUCAGUCAAGGACACAGGGGUCUGGGCAGAUUUUUAAUAGGUCGGACAAAAGGACAUGUAUCUGAUAUCGAACUCUCAUGCUCCCGACUGAUCGUUGCUCACCUUCCCACCGAGCGAACCACAGAUAAAGGCUGCCAGACGCACUGUCCGACGCUCUGAGUUAUCGGCUCACUGUCUGUACAUUGACCAGAAUGGCGGGACUCGGUUGUUGGAAGUAUUACCUCUGGAUCUUUAUUUUAAUGUGCAGGUCGGCGUUACCUUCUGCGAAAUCGCUGGAGACUAUAAUAUGGAGCUCGCAGAAUCCCAAGUUUGUGGCUGGAAAAGGCCUGGUGAUCUACCCAGAUAUCGGGGACAAGCUGGACAUCAUCUGUCCCAAAGCGGACCAAGGCAGAGAUUAUGAGUUCUACAAGCUGUACCUGGUGAAGAGGGAGCAGGCGGAGAGCUGCAGUACAGUCCUCGAUCCCAAUGUCUUGGUCAACUGUAACAAGCCAGAGAAGGACAUCAAGUUCACCAUCAAAUUUCAAGAGUUCAGCCCCAACUACAUGGGCCUGGAGUUCAAGAGGAACGUCAACUACUACAUCACCUCAACCUCCAACGGUACAGUCGAGGGCCUGGAGAAUCGGGAGGGAGGCGUGUGCAAGAGCCGAGCCAUGAAAGUCAUCAUGAAAGUCGGGCAAGUCCCAAACGCAGCGAACCCCGUGGCGCCGGAGGCUCCAAUAGACAACACCAUACCGGAGUCCAGUCCUAGUCCGCCUGAUGUGGGUCAGAGUGGACCCGAUAUGCCAGGAAACUCUGACACCAUUAAUCAGGGCCCGGCUGGUCCCCCGGGAAACUCGGACGGCAUCCUUAGCUCCAAAGUGGCCAUUUUCUCCGCCAUCGGGGUCGGCUGCAUCAUCUUCCUCCUGCUCAUCCUCCUCCUCGUCAUUCUGCUCAUCAAGAUGCGCAAGCGCUCCAGGAAAAACGGCCACUCGCAGCCACGCCCCUCGGCGCUGUCACUCAGCACGCUGUCCAAUCCCAAGCUGCCCGGGGGCACGUCUGGCACGGAACCCAGUGACAUCAUCAUUCCGCUGCGGACAGAGAACAACUACUGCCCUCACUAUGAGAAGGUGAGCGGCGACUAUGGCCACCCCGUCUACAUUGUCCAGGAGAUGCCCCCGCAGAGCCCUGCCAACAUCUACUACAAAGUCUGACACGCUCCGCACAGCGACAGUCAGGAACGAGAAAGAGAGGAGCGCUUGAUUAAUGUUCUUGGGAAGAACACUUUCCUUUGAAUUUUGGGGACUUGAUGCUUCUUCAAGCCCGUGUUAUUUUUACCACCUGCUGCACAAAUCUGGAGAGACACGCACUGACCAGUAACCAGCAGGGUUGUGAGCUGACUGCUGAGAGAUGUUUAUUCUGUUUGUUUGGGUUGUCUGACAGUCCCCACCUACCUGCCCCUUCUCCUCCUCGCCUCACCUCCCCACCUUCUACAUCUCCCCCACUGUUCUCCUACACGGGGGUGGGGGGUGGGGGACUGGAGCGAACCAACAGAUGGAACUCUAGCUUCCUGGUUCACUGUCCCCUUUAACGGGCAGGAUAUAACUUAUCUCAGUUCCCUGAAGUACAGUCUGUGCUACACCCAAUUAAACACACCAUCCCAGCACACUAGCCAGGAACAGGCAGACACAGGCCCCGGAUGCCACUCAGCCUGCAGUUUGUGUGCAAGCAUAAAAUGUGUGUGUGUGUGUGUGUGUGUGUGUGUGUG